AUGCAGACCAACGCUUUGAUCGCAAUUUUGCUUACUGUUGGGCUCCUUGCCCCGGGUCUCGCCUGUUUGGCCUGGCUUUGGUACGCCAGGCACGUGAGAAAGGGACUGGCAGAAGGGCAGUGGAUAGCCAGAAUCAAUCGGGAUCGGGCUGAACACAACGAUGCCGAGCGAGGUCAUCUCAGAGGUCCUGUAUGGGUCCCGAAGUAUGUCAACGCAGGGUGGUGUCGCCCCAAAGCUUCCGACUCCAUUCCACUGCGCUCCCCAGAGUACGUUUACCAUCCGGGUCAACACAAAGGUCGCCCACAUUCUGACCAACAUCUCGAAGGCCCCAACCGAAUCGUACCUAAUUCUUCCCCAAAUCCCUCCAAGAAGCCGGCCCAGAAACCCGCGAACCCACUAUCAAAGAGACAACUAAAACGGCAGCGAGCCCAGGAGAAGAAGAAGAAGAAGAAGAAGAAGAAGCAGCAGCAAGAUAAUCAACCUCAGUCGAACAGUAAAAGCCACAAGGGCAAGGGGUCACAACAUGGCCAAGAGAAUCAACCUGGCGGUUGGGAUACGCAGCCAGAAAAUAGCAAUUGGGACGAUAGACAACACCAAAAGAACCAGGACAGCGGACAUGAGUCUCAGCGAGAUCAAGACAAAAAGACUCAAGAUUGGGGCAACAACAACAGUAACAACAACCAAGGAAGUGCUUGGGGCAAUGAACAUGACAAGAAUCACAAUUCUCAGGAUGAAGGCUGGGCAAAUCAAAACAAUGGAAAAAAAUGCAGCAACCGCCAGCGCAACAGGAACAAGAAGAAUGGCAAUGGCCAUCACUCUGAUCGGAGCUAUCACAAUGGCUCUGUGAACAACUCUCACAGACAGCAGACCUCAAGCUGGGUACAAGCACAGCCAGAGCCCAACAACCAAGAGCAUCAUACUGGCCACUCAAAUCACCAUAAUUCUGGGUGGUCGAAUGACGGUGCCGAUCAUGGAAACCAUCAGGGAAAUGACGGUGGAAAUAGUGAAGGAUGGGGCAAUGGCAAUGGCAACGGCCAUCACAGGAGCAGAUCUCAACCCCGAAGCGCAAUCAAUCGAUCGAACGACAACUGGCAGAAUCAUCACUCGAACAAGAACAAGAACCGAGGCUCUCAACGGACAGCAUGGGGCCAAUCAAGUCAUGGCAACGACUGGGACAACCACGAGAAUGAGCCCAAGCAAAACAAUGGGGCCUGGAGCGACAAACAUACCGCAGAUGAAUGGGAAAGGAACUCUCACAACAAUCACAAUGGGGCAUGGAGUGAAGAUGACAAUCGACAAAACAGAGACAGGAAUCGCAGUGAUCGCCGUGGACGAGAACAAAACCGAAAGGAUGACAACACAGCCUGGUAG